GACAUCAUCACAGGUCCUAUAAGCACAGAACAAUAGGAAGCUGCUUCACAGAUGAAGAUUCCCAGAAUAUAGAACUGUCUAUUGACAACUUCUAUGUAAAAGUAUUUACUACUAAUUCAGCCUUCGAGAAUGGAUGGGGACAGAGACAAGAUGACAGAGAGGAUAUUCAAUCUCACCCUAGAGAUACUCUUCCAACUUACUGGAGAGGAUUACACAGUGGUGAAGAAGAUCUCUAAUGAGAACUGUCAGGCCCCUGUGUCUAAAGGAUGGGGAAUAACCCUGAGCCCAAUCACAGGGCCUCCACCUCACUCUCUGAUACAUAAGGAAAUCAAUGACCAGAAGAUCCUAGAACUUACCCACAAGAUGAUUGAGCUGCUGACUGGAGAGGUUCCUAUAAGGUGUCAGGAUGUCACUGUCUAUUUCUCCAUGGAGGAGUGGGAGUAUUUAGAAGGACACAAGGAUACUUACAAGGAAGUCAUGAUGGAGGACCACCAGCCCCUCACAUCAUCAGAUGACUUUACUAACGACUCAGAGGAACAUCUGAUACCUUCAGAUUUUAAAGCAGAAGAUUUUGGUAUUACACAAGAUACAUAUGAAGAGUGUGCCAUCUUCUCAGAUGUACCCUCAGACCUUCACAGCAAAGAUCCAUCAUCUGAUCUCCUUCCUUCUGACUCAUCACAGACUGUAAAGCAAAACACAAGUCACAGAAGGGGUUUUCUACGUCAAGGUGCUCACAGAAAAAAGAAGACAUAUUUAUGUUUAGAAUGCGGCAAAUGUUUUAAAGGAAAAUCAGAACUUGUUAAACAUCAGAGAAUUCACACAGGAGAGAAGCCAUUUUCAUGUUUAAUAUGUGGAAAAUGUUUCACUCAGAAACCAACUCUUGUUGUACAUCAGAGAACCCACACAGGAGAGAGGACAUUUUCAUGUUCACAAUGUGGCAAAUGUUUUACCCGGAAAUCAACUCUUGUUGUACAUCAAAGAACUCACACAGGGGUGAAGCCAUUCUCAUGUUUAGAAUGUGGCAAACGCUUUAACCAAAAAUCCGAUCUUGUUAAACAUCAGAGAAUUCACACAGGGGAAAAGCCAUUUCCAUGUUUACAAUGUGGGAAAUGCUUUAACCAAAAAGCAGAUCUUGUAGAACAUCAAAAAUAUCACACAGGGCAGAAACCAUUUUCAUGUUCAGAAUGUGGAAAAAGUUAUAAAGCUAAAUCAUCUUUGGUUGCACAUAAGAGAAUUCACACAGGGGAGAAGCCAUUUUCAUGUUCAGAAUGUGGCAAAAGUUUUCCACAGAAACCAACUCUUGUUGUACAUCAAAGAAGUCACACAGGUGAGAAGACAAUUUCAUGUAAAGAGUGUGGCAAAUGUUUUACCCGGAAAUCAACUCUUGUGGUACAUCAAAGAAGUCACACAGGGGAGAAGCCCUUUAAAUGUUUAGAAUGUGGGAAAUGUUUCAACCAAAAAUCUGAUCUUGUUAAGCACCACAGAAUUCACACAGGGGAGAAGCCAUUUUCAUGUUCGGAAUGUGGGAAAUGUUUUAACCAAAAAGCAGAUCUUGUUAAGCAUCAGAGAAUUCACACAGGAGAGAAGCCAUUUUCAUGUUUAGAAUGUGGGAAAUGCUUUAAACAAAAAUCAGAUCUUAUUAAGCAUAAGAGAACUCAUACAGGGGAGAAGCCAUUUUCGUGCUUAGUAUGUGGAAAAUGUUUUAAUCAAAAAUCAGACCUUGUUAAACAUCAGAGAAUUCACACAGGGGAGAAGCCAUUUUCAUGUUCAGAAUGUGGGAAACGGUUUAACCUCAACUCGAAUCUUGUUAAACAUCAGAGAAUUCACACAUAUCAUUCAAGAGAAUGGGAAAGCAACUUAGAGCACUAAAAGACCAUUCAGAAAUGCAUGCAAUCAACAGUAAAUGUCUGGUGUUCAAAAAGCAAAUAGAACCCAGAUAUAUCAACCAGGUGCAGAGAGUAUUUCACUGUAAUAUAUCUGUGUCUCCAUAUUUAUUGUUACUGAACAAUAAAACAUGUUUGCUUCUGUGCUUGUGUUUUGCCCUAGUUGAAAGGGAGCCACUAGGAAUCUUGUAUAUAAGUAGUUAGGGGUAAACUUCACCAUGUAUGUCAGAGUUUGUGGAAUGUUUUACGACAUUUAGGAAAAUUAUCCUUAUUAUAUGAACCACAUUAGACCACUGAGCCUGGCAAGGGUGUGAUUGAUUACAUCCCACAAUUAGAAGCCUUUGCAGCAUAUAAAGUGUUUGACAGAGAGAGCAGACUUUGCUUGUCUGCCCAUCCACAUCCUGGCAGGUGCUGAAGGUGUUCGGUGGCACCCAGAGUGUAAUACAGUCUCCCGGGUCUGCCAGAGGCAUGGCCUAAUGGUCUGCCUGUCAGUUUUAGAUUGACAGGCAAUAAUGUUAUGUUAUACUGCAGCAGCUGUGGACGCAGGCCACCAAUAUAACAGUAGCCCCCCUUUGAAUCCUUUCUUCUUUAGUCCAGACACCAGAAUUUUUUUCAGCAGAACAGGAGUAUCAAUUUUCUCAAAGGGCUUCCAAGACCUGUCCUCCAGACCAAAAUCCUUUCUAAUCCACUACAAAGAAGGUUUUACCUCUAAUCGUCUUAAUGUCUAGAAUAAUCUUAACUUUAUAUAAAUUUUCUAUGCCAACAGGAGAAGAAGCAUCAACUGAACCUCUGGAGUACUGAUUAAAGAUAGCUGGUUUGAGAAGUGUAAGAGAAAUAUCUCUUUUAGGUCUGUAGAACAACCUUUUCAUCUAGUGAAACGGGGAGCCAACUUGAACAUGGGUACCUUGAGUUUUAUGUUUUUUGAGGAAAGCCAGAUGUUGUCUCCGGAAGAAAACUGAGGUAGAACCCUGUGCUUCCAGUCAGCAAACCUCUUCAUGCGAGCAGAGGGCUGUAGAAGAGAGGCUUUAGUUUCUUGCCAGAUCUGAGUUGUUGACGGAAAAGUCAGAUUUGACGGCAGCAAAGAAGAUAACAGAAGAUAGUUACAGUGAGAGGAAUCCAUAAUUCGUGACCAUACACAAUGAAAAGGAAAGUCUUACCAGUAGAUUCACUGGGAUGUUACUGUAAGAAAAUUUCAUGCAAGGAAGCAAAAAAGCCCAAUUGUCAUGAUGUGCAGUAUUGUAGUGUCUCAAAUAAUUGACCAGAACUUGAUUGAUUUGUUCCACCUGUCUGCGGAUGGUAAGCAGAAGAAAAGUCCAAUUUAAUGUCGAGUAGUUUACAGAUAGCUCUACACAGGGGAGAAUAAUGGCCUAUGGGCCCUGGUGCAAGAGUUCAGCUUGGCCCCCUUCCCUCAGUGCUUUGUAGCAGGGAACAGGAGUGCACCUAGCCUUUUUGUUGCCUGAGACAAAAAUUUAAAAGGCACCCCCAUUUCAAAUUCUCAAUCUAAACUCAUCCCCCAGCCCUACUGAUAAAGAGAUACUUAGAAAACAUUACAUACAGCUCUACAAAACAAACAGGGUCAGAUAGCACUACAUACCUCUUACAUCCAGUGACAUCUCCUCUGAUGUACAUAUUCUCUUUCCUCAUCUUCUCCUUUCAGACCAGACCACCAUGAUGAUUUCUUUCAGCCAUCUCUUGUAUCUGCAGUUUGACAUCUUAGUUUUCUACUUUUCCAUCAUCCUCCUACCUUCCUGAACACCCCAUCCUGCCACCCCGAUACUGUGCCCACAUUACUCCCCAGUACUACACUGCAGAAAUAGUUCAUCUGAAAAUACUAGUACCACACAGAUAGUGCCCCCUUCAAUAAUUAUUGCCACACAGUACCCUAAAAAAUAACUGCACCCAGCAAAUAGUGUCCCUGACACUAAUAGUUCUGUAAACAUAGGGCCAGAUUUAUCAUUAGCUAAAGUCAAAUUUAUGGCGUGAAAAAGUUGCAAUAUUUUGCGCAAUCGGUAAAACUGCGCAAAAAUUAGCGCUAUGCUUGCGUUUUCUGAAAGUGGGCGUGUUUUCUUAUGUAAAUCAAUCUCUAGACAGAUUUACUAUUGCGACAAUUCAAAAAAGUCACAA